CGUCCCGGGGACGAGCCGCCAUUGUGGAGCCGGGGAGGCCGCUCGCUUGCACGCGGCGGGGCAGGGUCUCCACCGCACCCCUCGUUCCCUCCCGGCGUCGCCUCACCGCAGGGAGAGGGGGGUCGAGACUCGCCUGUCCUACCAGCCUGCUACAGCUACUCAGUUUAAAGGAGAGGCUGUCAUGUCACAGGACUGCAACGAUGAGUGGGAGCUGAGCAAAGAGAAUGUGCAGCCCCUCCGGCAGGGACGUGUCAUGUCCACCUUGCAGGAAGCACUGGCUCAGCAGGAGACCUCCAUCCACACUGCUGUUCAGCUCAAAAAACAGGAGUUUGAAUCAGAAAUCCGAUUUUACUCUGGAGACGAUCCCCUGGAUGUCUGGGACCGGUACAUCAAGUGGACAGAGCAAACCUUCCCCCAAGGUGGAAAGGAGAGUAAUCUUGCAGCAAUAUUGGAAAGGGCAGUGAAAGCACUCAAUGAACAGCAGCGAUACUACAAAGAUCCCCGCUAUCUUAAUCUCUGGCUCAAGUUUGGGAAUUGUUGUAACGAGCCCUUGGAUCUGUACAGUUACCUACACAGCCAGGAAAUUGGCACAACACUGGCACUACUCUACAUCACAUGGGCAGAAGUACUUGAGGCUAGAGGAAGUUUUAAGAAAGCAGAUCUGAUAUUCCAGGAGGGUCUUCAGCGCAAGGCUGAGCCUUUGGACAAACUCCAAUCCCAUCACAGGCAGUUUCAGACCCGUGUUUCUCGGCAGACGCUACUGGGGCUCGAGGAAACUCCUGAUGAAAAAGAUAUUGAUCUUCUGGGAGCUGCAGAACCUCAGAGAAGCUCAUUGGCAGAUCUAAAAGGCAGGGGGAAGAAAAAAGUGAGAGCCCCAAUUAGUCGUGUAGGAGACGCACUUAAAGCCACAAACCAAAGCAGAAGCUUCCAGACUCUAACUUCUCAGCAGCUUUCAAACAAUCUGGGUUUUGCUGUCUUUGAUGAAAAUUCAGCCUCAGCUUCUGGACCUGAGAUUCCUGUACUUACACCACAGCCAUGGACAGCACCUCCAGCUCCGAGGGCCAAGGAGAAUGAACUCAGCGCAGGGCCUUGGAACUCUGGCAGGCGUCCUCGCAGCAGUGCAAAUUCUGGUAUAGAAGUGCCCUGCCCACUGCCCAGUUUCACCCCGUAUGUGGAAGAGUCAGCUCAGCAACAAGUCAUGACUCCCUGCAAAAUUGAACCCAGCAUAAACCGUGUUUUAAGUGCUCGCAAACCUGAGAAAGAGGAGGACCCGCUACAGCGAGUGCAAAAUCAUCAGCAGGAUACUCAAGAAAAGAAGGAGGUGGUGAUGUACUGCAAAGAUAAAGUUUAUGCUGGAGUUGAAGAAUUUUCUUUGGAAGAGAUCCGAGCUGAAAUCUACAGAAAGAAAGCAAAAAAGAAAACUGAAGAGGAGAUGCAGGCCAUAGCACAGAAGAAGGAAGAAAUACAAAGGAAAAUUGAGGAGCUGGAGAAGAAAUUAAAGAAGAAAGAUGACGACAAGCAGCAACAACUGCGUGAGCAGCCAACAGAGAUAACAGAAGCUUCACCACCUUUGGCACUGCAAGGAUUUACUUUUUCUAGUGCAACAGAAGUUGAAGGGAAACAGCCUCAAUUGCAAAGUGAAUUCCAGGUCUCUGAAGAUACUCAGCUACAUAAACAAUCUGGUUUUGAGGAGGUUAUCCAGUCUCUCGAUGUAUGCCCAGAUACACAAAGGGGAAAUGUGUUUUUAGACUCUGAGGAUGAACAGGAGCAACAGAGAGAUGAGGCCAGCCUUGGAAAAAAAGAUGUAGAUCUCCUUCCCCCACCAGGUCCUGCUACGUUUUUCUCCAUAUUUGAUGAAUCCUCUACUUUGGCAAAUCAGAAUAUAAGUUGUUCUGCAGAUCACACACAGAAAAGUGCCCGGCGCCCUCUUGCUGUUCGUAAACCUUCAGAUUCCCUAACUGCAAAGGAAAACAUACCACCAGAAGCCUGUGAUGAGCUGAAUGGAAUUGAACCUUUGACUGAAGAUGCAAUUGUGACAGGCUCCUACAAGAACAAAACCCUUUGUGCCAACCCGGAAGACACGUGUGACUUUGUUAGGGCUGCCCAUCUGGCCUCAACGCCCUUUCAUGGGGUAGUAGCUCAGAGAGUCCCAGUUCCUGUUUUUUCACAGAGUGUCCUGAAGGAAGACUGUCCAGAAUCAAAGAGUGCACCUCUGAAUCAGGAAACACUGGUUUGUGAGGGAGCGUACAAUGAAGCUCUCUGUGUAAAUAAACUGAGCCCGAUCAUGGAAGCAAGCCUGGAAGAUACUCGCUCGUCAGGUUCUUCUGUCUCCUCAGGAUCUUCUCUUUCCUCUGUUACACAAAUAUCUACUAUUAAAUACCUGCAUAUCCCUGAGAAACUGGAACUUGCUCAGAGCUUGCCUGCUGAAACGGUUACUGAUGCUGGAGGUAUCAGUGAAAACAUAUCCGGUGAUGAUGUAACUCAACUUUUGUGGAGCGCUGAACAGCGUAAAAAGCUUUUAGAUCCUAUGCCAGAAUCACUGACUGCCUCUCCAGAUUUUCAUUUGGAGUCUGGCGCUCUGCCUGUCAUGGAGCUUGAAAAAGACGUUGAGCUAGGAAAUGAGACUUACUGUAUCAAAUGGGAAUAUUGGACCAAUGAAGAAUACAAGAUGUUUUUUGCCAUUCCAGCUAACUUUCCCCAGUUGGAUGCAAAGGGAUUUGCAGUAAAGGUGUAUUCUCAGCCUGUGCCUUGGGAUUUUUAUAUCACACUUCAGUUACAGGAGCGUUUGAAUACCGAUUUUGACCAAAGCUUCAGUGAGAAUUGCAGCUGUUACUUGUAUCAAGAUGGCUGCGCUAUUUUGCACAGGGAUAUAAAUCACUUCACGCUUGGGGAUGUUAUUCGUGGCUGUAAGUCCAUCACAGAGGAAGUUAUCCUACUGGUUGUUUAUAAUCUUCUGGGUGUGGUAGAGAAGCUCCACAAAGCAGAGAUUGUCCAUGGAGAUCUGAGUCCAGAGGUGUUCUUUCUGGGAGACAGGAUCUGCGAUCCAUUUGCUAAUGAUGAGAUGACAAGAGCUCUGAAGAUAGUCGAUUUCUCUCACAGUCUAGAUUUGAGAUUACAGUCUCAAGUAAGUUUGCCCAACAGCUUUCCAGUAUCUCAGACCCCUCAUGGACAACAGCUUCUGGCAAAAAGUUCUCUUCCUUAUCAGGUAGACUUGGUUGGCAUUGCAGAUAUAGUCCAUUUGAUGCUGUUUGGGGAUCAUGUCCAGGUCUAUCAAGAGAAUUCCAUCUGGAAAAUCAGCCAAAACAUAUCAAAGACUGUUGACAGUGAUUUCUGGAGUAAACUUUUUGGGAGAAUUCUGAACGCAGAUGGUAAGUCCACAGUGCCUCUGCUGAGGGAGUUAAGAGAGGAAAUAAGUGACAUGUUUGACAGCUGUUUCCAAGAACGUCUUUGUGAAUCCUUAGCUGCAAUGGGAGAAACUUUCCUCUUGGAGAACUUUCUGUGACUGCAUAGAGGACAAAUGCAUUCUGUAUUAUAGAGAGGAAUUUGUUGUUAACUUCUUAUUUAUUUUUUUCCAAAUGUAAGCAUGAGCAGUGAUUGUAGUUGUUUCUGCAAUACUUCACAUGGACUUGCUAAAGAAUGUUGUUGUUGCAUCAGUUCAUAGGUAACCUCCUAAGCCUGCUAUGUGAGCUAGUCUGUGUCCGAGCAGUUUGCCAGAGAAAAUUGUCGUAACUGCCCCUUUUUGUGUAGCUCCUUAAAAAAGUAUUUAAUACCUAGUUCACACUGCAGUCUCUGAAGCAUCCUUGUCCUAUGUUUAGUUGGUCUUUUAACCAGUGUUUCAUCAAUAAAGUUGUAUUUUGAUAGCAACUCUGCCAUAUUAAACACUACUGUCAGAUGGUUUCAAAAGACUUGAUUUAGCAUCCACACUGGAGUGCUGCUGCCUGACUGGGAACUGUUUGUGGCUGCUAGAUACAAAAGCCCCUCAUCUGGUGGCAGCUUUCACAACCACACGGGACUGCCUGGACACUUGAACACAACUUGAAUGAUUCUACUUGCAAUGGGCUCUCAUAGAUGAUUGUCAUAAGAAAAUGUAGAUGGAGUCGUGAGUGAAAAAGAUGCAUAUUUGUAUUUUUGCUUCUCAACGCAAGUGUUUACUUUUGCAAGCGCUGGAGUUACUGACUGGAUUCACCAUCUUUCAGAAAUCUCACUGAAGUCUAUAUUUGCCGUAUGCGCUGAAGUGCGUGCAGGUUUUUGUGGAUAGAUAUUUGUGUUAACCUUUUAUGAUACCGUAUUAUUGAAACCACUGCAAAGGCUUGUAUUCAUUUUAUUCAAGAGAACAGAAUUUACAGGAUCCGGACCCAAGAUGCCAUAUACCUUAAGUGUAGAAGAACUUCUCAGACUUAAGUUUUAUCAUAACUAGAAAAUUAUUGAAACUCCCCUCCUCCCCAAUGUUGUAAAGUAAGAAACGUUUAGCAAUGGCAUUACAGACUUGUCCAUAAGAAAUAAAUGAGCAAAAUAGCGAAGAGGAACUGGCAGCUAUAAAAUGAAAGAGCAACUCUCUCUGCUGCUGCUUGUUCCAUGUUCUGCUCCGCUGGAUCUCUGCUUUUCUUCUACACAGGCUAGUCUCUGCCUGCCCUCUCCUGUGAGUUGAUUCCACCAAUAUGUAACAGGAGCUCAGGGAGGUCUUUCAGACAUCCCCGUUGUCUCUCUGUUCAAGUUUUGUUCUUCAAGCAACUGGGUGCAAUCAUGAUCCAUUACGUUCCUUGGACUUUCUUUCAUGCACUCUUAUUCAUACAAUAAACUAAUUAAAAUUUGCAAUGGCUCAGAUUCCAUCAUCCUAUUUUGUAGUGAUAACCUCACUAGGACUUCUAGGCCUGGGCAUCAGACAGAAUUUCACCUUACCCCCUUCUUGUCAUCUUGGCCUCUGCAGGUGCCUCUUUUCCUCUGAAGAGAUUGGGGAAAUAUGAUCUCCAAGCGUCUUGUGAACAAGACUGGUCUCCUAUUUUGUGACUGGUCUAUUACAAUCCUGGCCUGUGAUGUCUCAGAGUGCAUCUGUCUUUUACACAAUGAUUCAAAAAGGGAUGCUUAGGAAAAACUUGCCUAAGGUUGUGGAGGCAGGACGCUUCCUUUGAAAGAAAACAACCAAAACCCACAGCAUGGUUUCAUGCCUGCUAAUGUGUGCUUAAUAACAGGGUAAAUAGGUUUGAUCGUGUUUAGUUACCAGAAAGUAAUACCAUUGGCAUCUGGCGAGGAAGGUGCCAGCU